UCGAAACGCGAAAACAGUAAAACCCACUCACGGGAAAAAGAAGAGAAAACAUGGCAUCAGUUCGUAGGGUUUUACUAUCGAUCUCUACGACAAAGGGUUUAAUUUUGAUGCCUCAAUUUCUGCUAAUCCGUGAUAUUAUGACAAUCCAACGUUCAUUCUGUGAGAAAGCGUUCAAUCCCAAUCCUCUGCUCGCGAGACUGCUUCAGGAACCAAGCUCACGAAUUAAAAGUGCACUAGAUUCAGAGGACAUGUCUGCCCUCAAAAGCUCUGGAUUUUCCUGGGAAGCCCUCGUUAAUUCUCUCAGAUCUUCGUCCCCGCAGAAAACCCAGCUGGUUCUGGAAUGGAGAUUAGAGAAAAUGCUGGAGGAGAAUGUGAGAGACCAUGAUUGCUUCUCAGAGUUGAUGCAUCUCUGUGGAAUGGUUCAGAAUCUUCCUCUAGCUAUGCGUGUCUUUACUUCUAUGGAGGGUCAGGGAGUUAGACCCACUUCUUCUGUUUUCAAUUCCCUUAUACAUGCUUGCUUGUCUUCAGGUAAUGUGAUGACAGCCCAGAGCUUGUUUGAGAUAAUGGAGGGCUCCGAGGGCUAUAGGCCUAAUUCUGAAACUUAUGAUGCUUUCAUAUCCAAAUUCUCCAAUUUGGGAAAUGCUGAUGCCAUGCAAGCUUGGUACUCGGCUAAAAUUGCUACUGGAUUCUCUGCUGAUCUUCAAACCUAUGAGUCUCUCAUUUCGGGUUUUGUUAAAGCAGGAAAAUAUGAUUGUGCUGAUAAAUUAUAUGAAGAAAUGAAGAUGUCUGGAGUCAUGCCCAACAUACCCAUAUUGGACAAUAUGCUUCAAGGGCUUUGCAAGCGGAGAAGUGUUGGCCAAGUGAAAGAGUUCUUGAACUCUAUGCUUGAUGUUGGUUAUGAAAUUUCUGCCCUGAUGGCUGAGAGGCUUGUGGCGUUGUAUGUUGAAGUGGGGACUGUGGAAGAUAUGGAGGAGCUACUCGUGACUUUAAUGAUCGCAGAUCAAGUAUCCGAGAUUCUGUCGCGGGUGCACUGUGGAAUUAUAAGGAAGUAUGCCAUGGUAGAUCGAUUGGACGAUGUAGAAUAUUCUGUUGGCAGAAUGUUAAAACAAGGCUUGUCUUUCAAUUCCCCAGAUGAUGUUGAGAAGGUAAUUUGUUCUUACUUCAGGCGGGCAGCUUUUGAUCGGCUAGACUUAUUUUUGGAACAUAUAAAGGGUUAUUAUGAGCUCAGAAGAUCAACUUAUGAUUUGUUGAUAGCUGGCUUUCGAAGAGCAGGUUUGUCAGAAAAAGUAGACACGGUGAUAAAGCAAAUGAAAUCAGCUGGAUUGUCAUAGCAUCCGGUAUGGUGUUCAAAGCAAAUUACAAUGAUCAUUCAUGCGCCUUCAAGCUUAGCAUUGGCACAAAUGCAUGCAAAUUGCCCAUGUACCUUCAAACCCUCAUAUCAAAAGAGAUCAAGUUAUCAGCUGGAUUGUCAUAGCAUCUGGUAUCGAGUUCAAGGCAAAUGCAAUGAUCUUUCAUGUGCCUUCAAGCGUAGCAUUGGCACAAAUGCAUGUAAAUUGCCCAUUUACCUUUAAACCCUCACAUCGACAGAGAUGACUUGUGAGAGGCAUUCAAACCCUCCUCAUAUCAACAGAGAUGAAGGUAUGUGAUGAGUAACGGAAAAUAGAGUGCUGCAGUCUAUACAAGCUUCAAAAAUAAGUGGGGAUUCCUCUUUGUAGAAUUGGGCUGACCAUGUUUUUUGAAUAAGAGUACUUGAUGGAAGGUUUAAUUAUAUUUUGAAUCUCCGGCGACAUUUUCUCUACAUGUUUUGUGUAAAGAGCAACGUCUGAGUUUUUCAACAACGUGCUAUAGAGCCAAGACAUGAAUGGGAAACCAAUAGAAAGCCCUUGACUGGUCUCUCUCGAGUCUUGGCAGACAGGUGUGAAGUUAUGGGAGGAAUUAAAUUAAAUUAUUCUGUGCAACAACCUUUGCCAUUUAUGUGGUUUGUCUCAUAUAUUACCUCAUAUAUUACUUCACUAAUGGUAAGAACCAUCUUUUUAU